UCUCAUAAUUCUUUAUUCGGAAAAUCACUCUCACAUAUUCAUUCCUCAUUUAUUCACAAUCACGGAUCACCACAAGACCACUUCCUUGUGUAUAAACUUCUCUCUCUCACAUCUCUCUCUCUCCCCCCUUUUAAUCUUUUGUUUCUUUGUUGGGAUCUUGAUGUCCUUUUCUAGUUAGUUCUUUGGGGGCCUUAUCCUUUGUGGGGUGUCUGUUUUUUUCUUUGUUUUUCCCUUAUCCUUUAUUGGAUUCUUUCUUUUCACCAAAUGGUGAUAAUUUUAGUUUUUCACAUUUAACAAUUUUAAAAAUUGAUUCUUUUGCUCUCUGUCUGUGUCGGCUUUGUCUUGGCGUCGGUUUCCCUAUUUGGGUUCUUUUUCCAGUUCUCGUUAUUCUUGUUGCAUUGGGUGGGGGAGAAGGGGUCCCUUUUAUGUUUUGCCUUUUGGGUUUCUUCUGUUAAACGCAACUGUGAAGAUCUUCGGUUGAUGUCUUUGGCUGUUGGAGCUGUUUCAAGUUCCAAAAGCAUGGGGUUUGAUGAGAACAAGGGGGAUGGAAAAGAGGGCAACCCCGUUUCCGAAACCGGGCCAAAUAAGCCGGACCCGGAAAUCGAGCCUGAUACCGUGGCGGCGGUUAGCAGGCAAAUGAGUGAGAAUUCUCUGUGUACCACUGAGGAUGAAGAGGAUGAAGAUACUGAAGCCAAGAUAGAGUUGGGUCCUCAGUGCACUCUCAAAGAGUUGUCUGAGAAGGACAAGGAUGAUGAGAGUUUGAGGAGGUGGAAGGAGCAACUUCUUGGAAGCGUGGAUAUGAACUCUGUUGGAGAAACGCUUGAUCCAGAUGUGAAAAUCUUCAGUCUUGCAAUCAAAUCCCCUGGUAGGGAUGAUAUUGUUCUUCCAAUCCCAGAGUCUGGGAACCCAAAAAACCCCUGGUUUACGUUGAAAGAGGGAAGCCGUUACAGCCUAGAAUUUACAUUCCAGGUCAGCAACAAUAUUGUAUCAGGCCUCAAGUACAAGAACAAUGUUUGGAAAACUGGCAUUAAAGUGGACAACACGAAAGAGAUGAUUGGAACCUUCAGUCCUCAGCCAGAACCUUAUACACAUGAAAUGCCAGAAGAGACCACCCCUUCUGGCAUGUUUGCUAGAGGAACAUAUUCAGCAAAAACACAGUUCCUUGAUGACGACAACAGAUGCUACUUGGAGCUGAAUUAUACAUUUGAGAUCAAGAAAGACUGGCAGCCAACAUGAACCAAGGCUCUAUUGUAGAAGCAUUUUUCGUUUGCUCCAAGAGUUGAUGUAUCCCAUUUGAGUUUUUUUGAGUAUUUUUGUCCAUUGUUGCUAUGUGAUGUGAUGAUAUUAUAGAACAAUGAAAGGGACGCCUAAGAUUGGUUUGUGAGAUGGUAAAGCGCAUAAAUUUUAGCAGUAGAUUCCCCAUUUGUUGAUUCUCAUGCAAUAAAGUUGUGCUUGACCUGUGACAA